ACUGCUAAUGGUACUGUCUCAACGCAUUUAAUCCUUUCUAUAACUUGUGCGGUAACGAAGCCACACUUGUGAACUGUUAUGGAAAGCCUCGGUGAAACAACAAAGCAUGGAAUUGAGGAAAGUGGCGAUGAACCACCAGCUAAGAUCAGAUGUACUGAUAGCAGCUUAACAAAUACAGAUUCGAUUAAACUCUCCGAUUCCAUUUUGCUGUUUCGAGAUCGAAAAAUUUCGAACCACGGUGACGUAUAUGAAGGACAAAUAUCGAGUGCAACUUAUGGAACUCGUCCGAUUGCAAUAAAAUUUGUUGAAUACAACAAACAAAGUGUGGAAGAGGCAAAAAUUCUUCUCUUACUGAACCCUCACACUCAUGUAGUCUCUGUGAUUCAUUCAGAUGAAUACCAACAAGGUCCAAUGAAAUAUAUGUACAUUGCAAUGGACAAAUGUAACCAAGAUAACUUGAGAGGUUUUGUGGAAAAUCGAAAGAAAGCCGAAAUCCCAUUCGAUCCUGAACUUGCACUUGAUUUUGCAAAACAGUUAUUUGCUGGAACUUUAUACAUUCAUGAUAAACUCGUGGUGCAUAAAGAUCUUAAACCUGAUAAUGUAUUUUUAUCUCUGGAUCAAAAAGUUGUCAAAAUUGGUGAUUUUGGCAUAAGUGAAAUCAUCGAGUCCAAGACACAAACAGUUUACACCAGAAAAGGUCUCGGUACUGACGGUUACAGACCCCCUGAAUCAUUUGUGCCUGGAUUUCCAACUUCUCAAAAAACUGACAUAUAUUCACUGGCUGUCAUUGUUUACUAUAUAUGGAGUGACGGUAAACAUCCUUUUGGUGACGAAAGGGAUCUAUGGAAUCAUUUCAUGAAAAACCAUAAAAACCUGGACCUGGAUGGACUUUUAGUUCCAGACAAAGAAGUUGCAAAAGAUUUACUGGAAUGGAUGCUGCAGUUUGUUCCUCGUAAACGUCCAAUAAUAAACGAAGUUCUCUCUCAUAAAUAUAUAGCUCCACCGAAUGUAAAAGGUAAGAAAAAAUUGAUUGAAAUGUAA